AUGAGUGCAAUUCUCUCUGCCGACGACCUCAACGACUUCAUCUCUCCUGGCGUCGCUUGCAUCAAACCCGUCGAGACUCUCCCCGCUGCCCCGCCCCCGCAAUCUCUCGAGACCGAAGUUAUACUUGACGGCCAGCAGCCUGCUACGAAUUCGAAUGCGCCCGCUCAGAUCUCCCUCACAGACUGUCUAGCCUGCUCUGGCUGUGUUACAUCUGCCGAGGCUGUCUUAGUGAGCCUCCAAAGUCAUGCCGAAGUCCUCGCUACUCUUGAUUCGGCCCCAGCCUUGAAGUUGGUGACAGACGAUAGUGGCAGGUUCAGGGUGGAAGGGCUUGAGGAGGAGAAUGCAAAGCUCUUUGUUGUCAGCGUGAGCCCUCAAACAAGGGCCAACUUAGCGGCAGCAUGUGGCGGAGGCGUGUCAGAGGGCGAUGCCGGGCACAUGCUGGACAACCUUUUUCGUGGUCCCUCUGGAAUCGCCAGUGGCGGCAAAUACAAUAACGAGUUCACAUGGGUGGUUGAUACCAAUACUGCAAGGAAGGCAACCCUCGUUCUUGGAGCAGAAGAAGUUCUCAGCACCUCUCAGACCGAAACCACAACCCCAGCCAAACCCAUAUUAUCCUCGUCCUGCCCCGGUUGGGUGUGCUAUGCGGAAAAGACACACCCCCACGUUCUACCCCAUAUCUCAAAGGUGAAGUCGCCACAGGCCUUAAUGGGCACAUUACUAAAGACGACACUGAGCCGAACGCUGGGUAUUGCACCUAGCCGCAUCUGGCAUCUGGCUGUUAUGCCCUGCUUUGAUAAGAAACUGGAGGCAAGCCGAGAGGAGUUGACCGAGGAGGUUUGGGGUGAAGGGGAAACCGGGGGGCGUGGGGUUCGCGACGUUGACUGUGUCAUCACAAGUAAGGAGAUUCUCAUGCUCGCCGAGUCAAGAGGCCUCAGCUUCUUCGAUAUCCCCAAGACACCGCUGCAAAGCAAAAGUUUAACCCCAUUCCCUGAUCCAAAGCUCCACCAGUUUCUUUUCCCUCGCACACGGACCGGAAAUACACCUCGCGAAGCCGGCACUUCAGGGGGCCUUCUCUAUCAUAUUCUCGAAAGCCGGGCGGCGCAGACUCCUGGUGCAGAGAUUGUGCAUACACGCGGCCGCAACGUUGAUGUUGCCGAGUACUCGAUUUUGGUGAAUGGCGAGCCAGUCUUCCGUGCUGCCCGGUAUUAUGGCUUCAGAAAUAUCCAAAAUCUCGUUCGAAGACUAAAGCCGGCCAGGCCGUCUCGAAUGCCUGGUGGCAAGCCUUUUGGAAGUGCUCGGAAGCCUGCAGGCAAGGCGGCCUCUCUGGAGUAUAGUUAUGUUGAAGUCAUGGCAUGCCCUGGCGGCUGUACAAAUGGUGGCGGCCAAAUAAAAGUUGAUGACCCUGUUGUCAUGGAAAGAAAGAAUUAUUCCGGAAAUCCAGGCCCUCAAGAGCAAAAGAUGUGGUUGUCAGAGGUUGACGAGGCAUAUUUCUCUGCAGACGAGGCGGGCACUGAAAUUUCCGUUGUUGGGACUGCCGAGACUAUUGGUGGCAUUUCCCACUCAUAUAUAAAUGAUACCCUGGCGCAUUGGGCGGAAGUUACAGGUGUUGGCUUAGAUAGACUGGCGUUUACGACAUAUCGUGAAGUUAUUAGCGAUGUUGGAAAGGAUAAAACGACGGACGAGACGGUGGUGCAGCUGGCCGGAAAGAUUGGAGGUGGGUGGUAG